AUGUAUUAUAUUCUAUUAGUUAGUUAUUUUCUAUUAACUAUAAAUGGAAUAUCUAUCGAUACAAUUGAAAAAGAUUUAAAUAAUUCAAUUGAAAAAAUUCUUUUAAUAAAUAAUAAUUUAUUUGUUGGCACAAUUAAUUCUCUUCAUCGUUUAUCAUCCAAAACAUUAAAUCAGAAUUUAUUCUCACUAAAACUUGGUCCACAAUUAGAUCAUUCAUUUUGUCGUACAUGCAUUGAUCCUAGACAAAUAGAUUAUCAUUUUAAAACUUUAUUAUUAAUUAAUAAACACAAUCAUUUGCUGUUAUGUGGAACACUUUCUCAAGGUGUAUGUCAAAUAGUAGAUGAAAAUUUCAAUUUAAUUAUUAAUUCAUCAUUACCAAUUGUUGCCAAUGAUCCAAUAAAUAGUACCAUUGGAUUAAUUAUACAAGAACAAAAUCUCAUUUAUUUUGGUGUUACAUAUAAAAAUGAAGGAAUUUAUCGUUGGCAAAUUCCAAAUAUUUCAGGACGUUCAUUAAAUUUAACUAAUUUUAUGAAAAUUUUAUCAAGUAACGAUGAUGAAACAAUUUAUCGUGAUGAUUUAUCGCUACGUUUCAUGCCAAGACAACAAACAACAUUUAUUAUUCAGUAUAUUCAUUCGUUUUAUACAGAAAAUUAUGUUUAUUUUGUAACAAAUCAACCGAAUGAUAUUGACCAAACAAAUGCAAUAACAAAAAUCAUUCGUUUUUGUCGAAAUAGUUCAAAUUCAAUAAUACGUUCAUAUACAGAAAUUCCAUUAGUUUGUUUAAAUUCCGAUUGGAUUAUUAAAUCAGCACAAAUUAUUAUUGAUAAUAAUAAUCAAAUGAUUUUAAUUGGACUUUUUAUUAAACGUAGUGGAUCAACAGGAACAAAUAUUUGCUCAUGGAAAGUUCACAAUGAUAUUGAUAAAGCUUUUCAAGAUAAUUAUAAAAAUUGUUAUACAAUGGGUAUUGGACAACGUGGAUUAAGUUUUAUUAAACCAAAUGAAGCUUGUAGAAAAGUUGAAGGUUGGUCAAAAGGAAUGACAACUAAUGAUAACAAUAUAUGUCCAUGGAUAAUAAGUGAUCGUUUGCCCUAUCCAGUCGGUGGACUAAUUCCUAUUGUUGGACGACUUUUUUAUGAGAAUUCGUUUGAGAGUUCCAGCGCCUUGCAACUGUAUCCAUUCGGUUCAUCAACUCUUUUUUUACAAGGAUUAACCAAUGGCACUUUCAAGUUGGGAAUAUUUGAUUUUGCAUUGAAUAUAAAUUGGAAAUAUUCAUAUCAAUUAUCAACACAAUUACCAAUUCUAUCAGACAUUUUAUUUGAUAAUCGUACUGCAAGUUUCUUCUUAGCUUCAGGUUCAAAGAUUCAUCAUUUAUCAUUUGCUGGUGACUGUGCAUCACAUUUAUCAUGUGACGAAUGUUUGUCUUCAUCAAAUAAUGUUUUUUGUGGGUGGUGUUCGACAACUGAACGAUGUAGUGUAUUAAAUGACUGUCCUUCAAAUAAUUGGCAACAAGAAAAUGAUCAAUGUAUUCAUAUUAUCAAUGUUCAACCAUUAAAUACUUCUAUUGAUCAAAGUCAAUGGAUAAAUUUAACAUUAUCAAAAUUACCACAAUUAGAACGUAAUGAAAUUUAUCAAUGUAUUUUUGCUGAUAAAAUAAUGUCAGCAAGUACACAAGCUAUUAAGUUAGAUUAUAAUCGGCUUUCGUGUCCUACGCCAUCAAAUCAUUUUAGAAAAGAAAAUGUUCAUAUACAAAUAGGCAAUGAAUCAAAAGUACGUCUAUCCAUAGUAAAAUGGCCAUCAAAUACAAGUAUUGCAACUAUACCUGAAUUUAUAUUUUAUGACUGUUCAUCAUAUUCAUCCUGUGAAUCAUGUCGAUCACAACAAGGAUGUCAAUGGUGUUCUGAUCGAUGUUCAUCAAUAUGUACUGAAAAAACAAUAAAGCAGUGUCCAUCAUUUAAUCUUAUUGAUAAUUCAAAUAUAUUUAUUGAAUCUGGUAAAUCGAUUGAUAUUCCAUUAAAAUUUUAUAAUACAAUAAAAUCUUCACUUGAAUGCCGUUUAAAUGAAACUAUGGCGGAGUUCAUUGAUGAACGUAAUAUAUGUCAUAUUUCAAAAACUCCUGAAUUAAUCAAUGAAAAUGAUCAAACAAUAUAUUUAUCCUUAUAUGAAAAUAAUAUUUCAAUAGGUAGUUCAAUAAAAAUGUUUAUCUAUCGAUGUGAUUUAUAUGAUUCGUGUGAUGAAUGUCAAUCACGUUUAACAUGUUCAUGGUGUCAAGGUAAAUGUAUAACAAAAACAGAUAGUCAAUGUUUAACUAAUUCACCUUGUACAUCAUUGAAAAUAAAAGACUUUUCACCCAAGAAACUUCCAUUGAACGGUGAAACACUUGUCACCAUCUAUUUAAAUGAAUUAAUAACUGAUGAGAUACUUGAAAUAACACUUGCUGAUAUUCCUUGUUUAAAUAUUAAAUCAACAAAACGAAUAGAAUGUCAAUCAAAAAGAUCGAAUUCAUCUCGACUAGGUCCAAUUAAAAUUCAUUUUAAAAACUCAAUAAUUCUUUUCUCUAAAGAAUAUAUUCAAUAUUGUCAAUCAUCACUUGUUUCGUUUAAUCCAAUGAUAGUCUAUGAAUUUGGUGGACAAAUUCUUCAUAUAACAGGAAACAAUUUGAUUAUUGGAAAUCAACAAAGAGUAUUUAUUGGAAAUUUUCAAUGCAUAACAAUAAAACAAACAAUAACAAAUGUUUUAACGUGUCGUUUACCAUUAAUUUUAUCUGGAUCAUACAAUGUUACUGUUAUUAUUGAUAAUAAAACUGUAUUAAAUAAUGGAUUUAUUUUGAAAAUAACACCACAACCACUUGUUGAAGAUAUUAAUCCAAAAAUAAGUUUUGCAAGUGGUGGUAGAUUAGUAACUGUUCGUGGAAUGUAUUUUACAUCAGUACAAUUAAUUACUGUGGAAUUCUCCUAUAAAAAGUGGAGUGCAAAAUUAAAGAUAACUUCAAACAAUAUAAUAUCAACAAAUAAUGAUAUGAAAUCAUCGUUUAGUUUUCGCACACCAGGAAUACCAUCACCAUCAAAUGAAUUUAGUUCACCACCCAUUGAUGUAGAUUUUUUCCUUUACUUUGAUAAUACGAUUUUAUCAUCGAAUUCAACUCAAUUUCAUUAUAUACCCGAUGUUUUAUUAAAUGUUUCAUCAAAACUUCCAAUACUGCCUUAUACAGGCGAAGAACUUAAGCUACAAGUAGAAAAUCUCACUGAAGCAGCAUCAAUGGCAGAUAUUCAAUUGUUUGUUGGUUGUACUGAAUGUAAACUGAGAACAUUUACAUCAAAAGGAAUUACGUGUCAACCACCAACUAAACUAAUAACGAAUACACCAUUAAUUCUUCAUAAUCAACCGGAUGAAGUUGCUUGUACAUUACAUAAUUCGUCAAUCGGUCCGAUUCGUUUUCAUAUUGGUUUUCGUGAAUAUGUAAUUGGUUAUCUAUCCUACAUUCGAUCACCAUCAUUAUCAUCAUCACGUUAUUCCGUUUCUACAAUAAUUUAUUUAUCAUUAGCUAGUUGUCUUUUAACCAUUGCUUUACUUACAUUAGGUCUUUGUUUAUAUAUUAAAUUACGAAAAUCAAGAGAAAAAUCGUCUUCAUUAUCUCCAAUAAAAUCUAUUGAACAAAAUGACAAAGCAUUUUGGUCAACAACAACAUCAGCUAUUGCUGGUCCUUAUUAUCAAGUCUAUGAGCAAAUCCCAUCUUCAUCAUCUCACCAAAAUACAUUAACACGUGCUCCAUUACUUUUUUGUCCAUAUCAUCAUCAUCAUCAUCAUUAUAAACAAGAAUAUUCGACAUUAUCAUUGAUGCAACAAUUAGAAAGCAAGGCACCAUAUUUAACUAAUCUUUCGAUUGAACAUGAACAGUUGAAAAAAUUGAUUUUCACAUCCGAUAAUACAUAUAAUUUUUCGAAUCGUCGCCAAUCGAUGGAAUUAUUUUAUGAUUUACUUGGCAUGACUCCAUUUUCUGAAGCAUUUAUUGAUCACUUAGUAAUAAAUGAUUGUCAUGAUCUAUUGAAAUAUUAUGGAUAUAUAUUUCGUUAUAAUCCGCUAAAUUUAAAAUCAUUUCCACUAACACAAGAAAUAUUAAUUGUCAAAUUAGUUUCAACAUUUUUAUUUCAAUCAAAGAAUAAUCUAUAUGAAUUAUUUUAUGUAUUCGAUAAAUUAAUAAAUUCAUUAAUUGAUUUAAUUGAUAGUGGGCCAUGUGAUCAAUUAUUAAAUCGUUCUGCGAAUUCCAUAUCAUCAUCAACAUUAUUAUCAAACAAUAUUGACUAUAAUUGUUUAGAAUUAUUAAUUAAUUAUGAAAAUUUAAUAAGUUUUCAACUGCCCGUACUUGAUUGUGAUACCAUUGAUCAAAUAAAGGAAAAAAUAGUUCAUCAUUUAAAUUCUUAUGAACGAACAUUCCAUGAACAAAUCGAUUUAAUGAUUCCAUUAUCAAAUAUUUGUUCUUGUACGAAUCAAAUGCCAGUAUUAAAACAAUAUUCAAUAAAUUCAACAAUAUUAUGUCGAAAAAAAUCUGCGUGGAAUAAUUUUUCAGAUAAAGUAGAAAAGAAUUUGUUUAUGUAUCAUUUAUGUAGAGAAAAUCAAUUAAUUAAUGAUAAAUAUUUAAUUAAUGAGAAUUUAAAAGCAAAUAAGAAACGUUUACAAAAAGUUUUAAAUAACUUUUAUGAAGAAAUUUUAAAUGGAUUAAAAUUUUUUUCGAUUUGGGAAAAACAAAUUGAUGAUAAAAGCCAAAAAGAUUUAUUUCAAAAAUAUAUUCAACUAGUUAGUGAUGUUAUCCGACGAUUAAAUACAUUAAUGAUAUGUCGAUCAGCAUGUCCAAUUAUUCAAUCAUGUUUAAAUGUUAUUGCAGAUGGUUUAGAAUUUAUUUUUCAAACAAAAAAUAAAUUUUCAUCCGAAAUAGAAUUAUUAUUUGAAGAUGAUAGAAAAUAUUUUUCUUCAUUUGACACCAAUCUAUUUAAAGUUCCAUCGUGUUCUCUCAUUGAUUCAUUACCAUCAUCAUUAGAUAUUCGAUCAUUGAUACUUGAUGAUCAUACUGCAAUUGAAUGCCUUUUUAAACUUUAUCAGUUUUAUGAGUUACAUAGUGAACCGAUCAAUCAACAUAUUGGAGAAAACCAUGUCAGCGUUUUAUUGCCUGUUCACCAUCUUCUUGUACAAAUUCGUCAAUUAAUUAAUUCAGAUACAAUGCGAACUACUACAACGAUUAUUUGA